AUGACCGAAGCGGAGCACUACCGCGCGGCAGAUACCCCCAAGCAAGGCCUCCACGACUCGGUCGGGGCGUUUGCGACGAUGGACGAUUCCCUUCAAGAAAGUCUGGCACCCCUUCGUGGCUCGCCGUCUUCCCCCGCAACUCGAGCCUUUGGCGCACUUGGCCAUGGUUUCAUUGGUGGUUUAUUAGUCCUGGCGGUGCUCGCCCCCAUGGCGUACAGCUUGCCGUGGUACGGCACAAACGCGUCCACAACGUUGUCGGGUUGGUGGGGCGUAAAUGCCAAAGUCAAAGGCUCUGGGCACUCGGAAAUGGUCGUGCCUACAUACUUUUUCCUUGGGACGGUGUUGCCGAUUGUAGUCGCCGGUCUUCUCCACGCCUUUUUGCACAAAAGAGCACCGGUGGGACGACUGUCGCAGUUCUUGCAUCGGAAGCCCAAGCUGUUCAACUCGCUGAUCUCGAACGGCGAGAUCGGGUUUGUCAUUGUUGUCACCGCGCUGAACGUCGUCGUGUUCUACUACCAGUUCAUGAAACGGUACAAACCGACCAACGCGACAGCCGACACGAUCAAAAACGUCGGGACAGCCCUGGGCUUCACGGGCCUGUUCGACAUGGUGCUGAUUGCCCUGCCAGCCACGCGGCACUCGUUCUGGAUGGAAUGGCUUGGCAUUCCGUAUGCGCACGGCGUCAAGUACCACAACUGGAUCUCCGUGGCCACGAUCGUCACAUUUCUCGCCCACACGAUUUGCUUCGUGGUGUACUACGCUACCGUGGGGAAACUCUCGAAGCUGCUUCCGUGUGUGACGUGCGACAUGGCGACGGACGGCCUUGCCAACUGGGAGUACUUUUUCGGCAUCCUGUCCAUGUCGUGCAUGCUUGUGAUCGGCAUCACGUCGCUGCCUCGUCCUACCCAAAACGCGUGGCUCAUCUGGAACGUCCGUCACAAGGACAUGCUUGUGUGCUUCCAAUCCUGGCUGCAUCGAAUUGAGACUGUUGGUGGAAACCGACUGAAGAUUCGUUUAUUCGUGACUCAGGACGACGUGACGGAUUUCGAGAUCGACACAAAGAACACCAAAGUGCUUCACCAUACAAACGCGGACGCAACAACAGUGCAGCCGCGCCCAUACGUACACUUGAGAACCGACGCGCGAGUGGUGAUGCUGCUGCUGGCAUUUGGUUUUAGCGGCGGUCUCUUGGUGGCUGUGACAUACGGCAGCUACAUCCAGCGGGUCCCCGCCAAGUAUUGGAUUGUCCAGCGGAUCGUUCAGUACUUCGUGGUGUUGUUGGGGGCUGUCUUCGCGCACGUUGUCGCCAAGUGUGUUUGUGGGCGACAACCUUUGGCGCUUCCUUCCACUGAAGUGCCGUUGAACACGGACGACGGCGCCGCCCACCACUUCUCCGCGCAGUCUGGCCGGUCAAACCUUGCUGCGUUGUUUCAAGAAAUCCAAGCCACGGCAACGGCGACAGUGGGCGUGUACGUGUCGGGUCCCAAGACAUUGAGUCAAGCGGUGGACGCCCACGGCCAAGGCAUUUCAACAUUUCACAUUCGUCACGAAGUGUUCGAGAUGUAG